GGUAGCUACAGCGCAUGCGCGGCGCCCGACGUGAUUACGGAAAUGGCCGGUUACCUGUCAUCGGUUGUUACAUGUUACUGUUAAAUUGAUCGUGAACGGUGACGGACACGGUGGAAACCAACAUGGCGGGAGAAGAGCAGGAGAACAACAACAACAAGGGUUUCAGGCUGCUGGGGAUCCUCGAUGUCCAGAACACUCCGUGUGCCCGAGACGCCGUCCUGCAUGGAGCGGGCGGAUCCCUCGGCGCCGGCCUGCUCCACUUCCUGACCACCAGUCGGGUCAAGAGGUCGUUUGACGUUGGAUUCGCAGGCUUCCUGCUCACCACUCUCGGGUCCUGGUUCUACUGCCGGAUGAACAACGCCAAGGUCCGCGUGCAGCAGAGGCGGAUCCAGGACGGCAUCAAGAACAAGAUCAUGUACGAAGGAUCCGCUCACGAUCCCGCAAACAAACCCGGAGCCGCGCCGCCGCCGCUGGGGCCAUCGUGAUCUCUGGCUCUGAAACUCCUCCCCCUUUCCCUCUGGGAGGGAGGGGGGCGAGGAGACAAGAGAAAAACGCAGUCAGGAGAUAAACUGACUGGACUGAACUUUUGCCUGAAUGAUGGAAAGAGACAUGGAAAAAUCUGAUAUUUUACAGAUGCGUUUUUGUUUGAAACGAGAGGACUCACUCAUCCUCGAGUUCUCGUCCCAAACGUCCCACUAAGUUAGUUUUCCUCUCCAUCAAAAACCCUGUUACGACGGAAUUCUGUGUGAAACUCACAAUCAACUAAAUGAAAUAAAGAAGUAAAGAGAUAAAAACUA